GUUACAUUUUGUACAUUGGUCGUCUAAAAAACUAACAAAACAAUCACAACUAACCUUAUUGGAAUUGGUAUUUUGUACAUUGUGUUUUUGUGGUGUUCAGUUAUGUUUGUUUGAAAUUGUAUUUUUGGAUCAAAUAAUUAUGGUUAACUGCACUAAAAACAUCAUGUGUCGCUGUAUCAUACACGAAAAACGAAUCAUACAAAAACUUCACGUGAUAUGAACAUUUACAUCACGUUUGAUUCAUCCUUUGGCUAUUAACAGAAAUUUGGUAUGUUAUUUUGAUGCCUGAACAUUGAGUUUGAGUGAAAUUAACACCAAAUUGCAUGGGAAAACUAUAUUUCCUUCCAAUUUUAUAUAUAUACACUCGAAACUGGGGUACAUUCCGAUAUUUUGUUACAAUUUUGUUUUGUUCAUAUAUUUGAACAAUACGUGACACAAAAUUACACAUCCUUUACCCUAUGACAGCGUAGAUGCCUCGCUUAGCACUCGAAUAAAACUUAGUUCUAGAUAUCUUUGAGUUUACAGUACAUUAAUUUAUUCAAACAUAACUUUAUGAUCAUAUGAGAAAGUACUCUUUUUGGCUUUAUUUAAAAUUACAAAACAAGGUAUAUUGGAAAUUAUACUUUUAAGGGGUUUCUAGAAUUUUUCUCAUACGAUCAUAUAAUCAUUACUCCAGAUUGAGUCAUAGACAAGUCAUUUGUUACACCUUGAGAUCAUACAUAGUAUAUCAAAGAUCAGAAAUGAUACAUCUAGACUAAGACAGUGUCGGUGCUGGCAUGUAAGUGAAUGUGUUGCCCAAUACAUGAAUCAUUCGGCACUUACAACAAGUGUGAUACAUAUGUCAUUUUCUUUUAUAUGGCUAAGACUUCGUUCAUAAAUACUACUGCACGCUAUACGUAUAUAAGUAGUAAUAAUGAGUGACUAAAAACAGGAAACGGUUCUUAUAAACUCUUAAAAAAUAUGCCCAUAUUUCGAAAAGUGCUGCUGUUCUCAGUGGCUAUUUUGGUUGGAAAUAAAUUUAAGAGGAUACUCAUCAAGUCACUUUAACUUAAAUAUAAUCAACAUGCCUGGUAGCAUGUAUGUAUAAACAAUAUAAAAAAUGUUUGCAUUUUUGAAUAUCUGUAAAAAAAUUCUAAAAAUAUAAACAAAUCGAUAAUCCGUUGAAAUUAAGCAAAAUAGAACUACGGGUGAGUUGACUCCGCUGCUUGACAAUACAACAUCUGCGGUAACAGUUCACAGUGUAUACAUUCGAUGAACAAUGUUUUGACCUUAUGUGCUUUUUGGUACAUGUGAAAAAGAACUGAAUAAUGGAUCUUGUUGAGCACAGAACCUUAACAGAAUAUCUGUUGUGUUAAAUCCAUCACCUGGGAAGUACUGACCCAAAAAGAGAUACUCUUUUGCAGUAGUAUUUCGAAUCAUGAAACGUUGUCUUAGUCCUGUUCCAUUUGUAUUUGGUUUGUUUUGUUUGAUCAUCGUAUGUUUCGCCGAGCUCAGGUGCCAGCUAUAUCACUGGCGUACGAAGAGGCAGAAUCAGAUAUAAUGAAGCGACGACCUAGAAACCCUUUCACUGAUAAACUGGUCAACGAAAGGUAAUCGAUAGUCUCACCGUCUAUCUUACCUGAUUAUUUUCGGGUAUCUUCCAUCUAUGGAUGUUGUUUCUCCAGGUUAAUUAGCCUUUACUUUCGAUUAAAAGUUUCAUGAGCUCUAUCGAUAUUCAUAUCACUACUUUCUCGUUGAAAACAUUUGGAUAUUGCCUCCCUAUCCGACUAUACACUCGAGCAAGUUCCGAGGGUCUCAAGUCCGGGGCUCCCACUGUAAGAAUAAAUUAAAUGACGAUCCUAGAACAAAGUAAAAACCCUUCCAAAAAAGAUUAGCUUCAAAAUUGAACCUACCAAAAUUCAAAAAUACCUAUAAUAGUCUUCUACCAUUAAAAAACAUGUUCCCUGUUUGCUCCAGUUUUGAUUGAAUAACAUUUUGAAUUAUUUCUAAAUUUAAAUGUCAUUUGUUAAGUAAUACGACUAUCCCUUAGAUAUUUGUUAGCUAUUUUAUCGUUCGGUUAUGUAUAUUACAGAAAAAUGUUUAUUACUAUAUAUUUUGUAUGUCGGAUCUGAACACUCAUGGAACAUUUAAUCAGUAUAGUUAUAAAGCAAUUGCUGAAUUACCUGGAGUUCAUAUGCCAAUGCCGUCUGAAUUCACUUACAUUGUCACUCUACAAAAGAUAAUAACCAGCAGUAAAUACUUGCGUCAAUCAACCAUAUGUUAAUACUGAUGUUAUAAGAAUUGAUGUAACUCUGAGGUAGUGACCAAAUAAGUCAGUGAGCAUGAACUAGUUUUCAACUCACACGAUUUCCUUCCCUCAUACUCGUACAUGGAUAAACUAUUCAAAAAGACAAACUUUUUUGGCCAAUAUAUAUUUUUGUUGUAGUUCAUUGAAGGCAUUUCUAAAUUCUUUCUUUAUCGUCGAAGUUUUAUUUUUUUUUUCGCUGAAUUUAUAUUAUGGGAACAUAUAAAAUGUAUUUCUAGUCAAGCGCCUACAAGUUUGAUAGAGCCAUCUUGGUUGCACAACCUCCCAGAUUCUUAUACAUCUCUAUCAAUUUACAUGGUUUUUGUAUUUUGCAAUAGACGAUUUGAAAAGCUAAUUUGUCUACCACUUUUGUUGUCAACUAUACCUAUUUUUUUAAUUGAUCAGUGCAAGAAUGCAAUAUGCAGUGAGUUGUAAGUGAUUUCAAAGGAUUUUGGAGCAACAACUUUGUAUCUUUCUUGGACGAAACUGCCUCGAAUGUGAACUCGGCUGUGUAUUUUCUGUUUUCUUCUCUGUAUUUCUGUCCAUCUUUUGUAAAUGUGGGAUUGCGACACUUCUGCUCUCCUGUGUUUUAUCAUCCCAUCCACCAUUUUUUCAACACCUUACAUUUCACUUCGCUUCACAAGCUGCCAUUGAAUUGAAGCAUAUCCUGAAAACGUAGUGAGUUUGGAACAGUGAUGAAAUUUACAACUUUUCUUUCACUAGUUGGCUAUAGCUGAAACAAUUGAAGGACACUUUGCGCCUAAUUAGUAUUAUACAAAAUUCAAUCGAGAUAUCUCCACCUACUACCAAACGAAUUCCCUUGCGAAUUGCAUACUGGCCGUUUCAUUGCCUUUUUCAUUUUAAUUGAUUCUAAGCAUAACUGUAUAUCUGCAGUAAACACUAUUUUGGACAAGAUUUCGUUAGACAGAAUAGGCUGGUAUGUAGCUUUUAGUUACAAAAUUGUUUAUAUGAACUUACUUGUGAGUAUAUAUCAAACGUUUUAUCACUGUUUCGGACUUCAUACCAAUUCAGUCUUGCUAUACCGCUUUCUACUCACCCAAAAAAACCUCAUAUCUAAAAGUACCUAUGUGUAUACACGGUAAGUAGUACCAUUUGUGAACGUAUCUAAAUAUGUAAAUCUAUAUUCAACACAAAAAUAAACUACCCUCUGCGUUCCUAACUUGCAAAUAACUAAUUUUCACUGUGUUAAUGUUGAUCAAGUUAAAUUUUGUUAAUUCAAUAGUAGUUGGUAUAAGUCUAACCACCAGAAUUUUGUGACCUAGAAUAACGAUACAAAUACAAAUUUCAUACAAAAGUGGAAAAUAUUGUCAUAGAGUGAAAGUUAUUUUAAAUCCUUGAUACUGUUGCUUCGCUUGUGCACCACAUUUCCAUUCCAUUAGUACACUACAGGUUAAAUAGCUUUUGUUUUGCUGUGAUGGAUACUUUUUGCAAAAGCUUUUUCCUAAUCCUCCCUCUACACACUAUUAUGGACAUUUUGAAUACUACCAGAUCCACUACACGGUACUGUGGAUAUUUGUAGUUGCCUCAUAUACAGUCUAUCCAUCUUCGAUUGGAAAAACGUUUGACUACUGAUUUGCGAUUGAUUUAAAACACAAAAUCUCAUUUUUAGAUAAAAUAUUCAAUUUUACAUCAGUUGUCUCUCUUGAGAAAAUUUUGUUAUGACAACUCUUUUGGAGAAAAAUCUACUUCAAAUAUACAAGUUAGUGAAAUUUGACAGAAAAUUGUAAGUAGUAUAUUGGAUGAGGAAUGAAAUUUUACCACAAUAUUAUCUGGAGAGUAUCUAUGACUUUUUGAUACCUUUAGAUGUGUUUCCUACCCUACGAAUAUUGCCGUUGUUUUGUUUUUUAAUCAUCUUGUGUUUCUUCUCACCUCACGGUCUCAAUGAUCUUCGAACGUAAACAAAGGGUUGAUGUAAAAAAAAAUUGUGGAAUAAAAUUCCUAUAUGCACACGUACGAGGUUGAUAAGACUUGUCACCCAGUGAACUGCUCGUAUUUUUUAAGAUGAAUAUACUGGAUAUUAAACCAUACUGCAUUGGUUUAACAGUUGAUCGGUUAAACCAAUAUUCUGUAUUGAGGCUUAUCGUUAUUACUAUCCACGUACCGCUAUACCCAAUAAUCAAAAAAUUCUAGUUACAAAUCAUAUAUGAACAAACAACCUAAGAAACAGUCGACUAAUAUAAUUAAUAGUAACGUAUUACGUGCAUGUUGUUGCGCGUCCAUCAGACAUUGACAUCUCUGUCCUAAUCUAACUUGUGUGCGUGUUUUGCGUGCGUUCCUCUGUAUAGGUGCCUGCUAUAUCUCUGGCUUAUGAAGCUCCGGAGUCGGACAUUAUGAAAAGACAACCUCGCGACCCCUAUAGGGACAAUCUGGUUAACCGUAGGUUGAUCUCGAUGGCUUAUGGACAGAUCGGUAUGAUCCAAGCUGCUGCAGGAUUCUUCGUCUACUUCGUUAUCAUGGCUGAGAACGGGUUCUUGCCGAUGAAACUGUUCGGCAUCCGUAAGCAAUGGGACUCGAAAGCUGUUAAUGAUUUGACUGACUCGUACGGACAAGAAUGGACAUACCGCGACAGAAAGACCCUAGAAUACACAUGUCACACCGCAUUCUUCGUGUCCAUCGUAGUGGUGCAAUGGGCGGAUUUGAUCAUCUGUAAGACGCGUCGUAACUCUAUCGUCCACCAAGGUAUGCGCAACUGGGCGCUGAACUUUGGUUUGAUCUUUGAGACAGCUUUGGCGGCAUUCCUUUCAUACACGCCUGGUAUGGAUAAAGGGCUGCGCAUGUUCCCGCUCAAAUUCGUGUGGUGGCUUCCGGCCAUUCCAUUCGCUCUUGCGAUCUUCAUCUAUGAUGAAGUGAGGCGGUUCUACUUGCGUCGCUGCCCAGGAGGAUGGUUGGAACAGGAGACCUACUAUUAAGUUCUUACUAUAUCAAGUGUACUACUGCCACCAGUCGGGUGGACGAAGCCAUGGCUUCAUGGCUACAUCAGAAGCCAUGGUUGACGAGCCCCCAUCUCGUAGUGUUUUUUCGAUAGGGACACGCCUACAAACACGACAAAAUCUGAUAGAAGGAGUAGGUUUCUUUUUUUGUUUUAACUCGUUUUAAUGUAAGGUCGUUUACCAAAACACAAGUGGAAGCGUAGCAGGUUUGAGGUUGUGAUUUUCUUUGGUCCAUUAGUUAUAUUCAAAGAUCGAGCAAAGUGACAUAUUGGUUCCAUUUUGAAACUGGUAAAUAUGUAAAUCGGUAUUCCUUCCUGUCGUAUAUACCGACAGAUGUUUGUACUGCGAAUUAACUCGGUAUUCUUGGGUUGUUGCCUUCAGAUUGUCUUGAUAAGAAAGAUUCAUCAAGGUUAUUCAGCAUUGCGAUUACAGAACUGUUUUGGAACCUGGAUAUUUUGACAAUUUAUGAAACUAUAUCCUAUAACACCAUUGUUCCGGAAGCUACAAGAAAAUAUGGACAAAGUCAGUGUGAGUCAUUUUUAUUGAGUUUUCUACUCAUAUUCUAGUAUCUCAAAGCUGCAGUUUCCACAAAAUAGCCACUCAGAAUUCAAACAUUAUGAAAAAAAUACUCCUCCAUAAGCUUGACUUUGAUGUAUGCUAGUUUUCCAUCAUGGUUAUUUUUGUAAGCUUUACUUAUUUUAUAAGAAUUGAAAACAUUUUAUACACAUUUUAUUUGUGAAUAUUUCUUUUUUAUAUGCCGCUUGUCUUGGAAUGGAUGCCUCGAGUCUAUUGUGCUUGUUGGGAACACAUAACACGUGAAAUUUGACAACGAAUGCUAAUGAUGGAAAACAGUGUAUGCCAAAAACUAAGAAAAUUGUUUUUUUUUUGUGAAAAAAAAAUGGAAUCAUCGAAUAAUCAAUAUGAUUCUAUUCAAUGUAUAUGUUCUAACAUCAACAUAAGUCAUUUUUAAUUUUUGAUAUGAAUAAAUUUAUUACCUAAAAUUAAGUGACACUUUAUUAUAGGGAUGAUCGCGAUGAUAUGAUGAACCUAUACAGUAUCUUUAGUCAGUGCUCGUCAUGUUGUAUGCAAAUGUACGAAAUACUUAUAGUAAUUUGUAUAAUGUUCUGUGAGCACGAUUUCAAAGUGAAGCGAUAUCGAACUUUCUCGAAUUCAUGUUCCGUUCGGCGGUUGCAAUGAAAUUAUUUUUUCAUCGAAGUGAUUUUAUGUCUGCUCCUUCUAUCACCCAAUUUGUCGUUCCGAUGGAAAAGUCGUAGUUGCACUUCCUUGUCGAGCGUUGUACAAAUAAUGUUGCUAAUUAUUAUAGUAAAUUCGCUGCUUUUAAGCGGUCUAUAUAUGGUUAUAAUUUUUUGGGCCGGGGUAUUCCCUAGGUCGUGUUUUAUUGAUGAUAUUUCUGUAUUGGUUCUGUAACAGGUAGAGGUCUCGUGAGAGCAGGAUAACACAAUAUAUAAACACACGUACACAUACAUGCAACCAACAACAAACUAAAACAUUGUCGGAAUAAUAAUUCAGUAGGUUAAAAGUGGAUUGAAAAUACUGGUAGAGGAUGAGCGAAAUAAUAUUUUGGGUAGUCAGUAUCUAACAGAUCUCGUUAGCAGUAACAUACGAUAAGUGAAGCUAUUCCUUCACAUUCGUGCUUCAUUACAGAAAUGGAAUACUGCUUGACAAGCAGGGUAAUUUAGAUGUCCAGUGAAGUUGUAUUUAUUGCAUCAUUUUGGUUCCAUCUAAAGUUUCUUUUACCAUUCGGAGACAAUGCUGUCGGAAUAAAUAAGUUGGGAAAGCAAUUGAAUGUUUGGACAGAGAUAUCAAGUGAAUUGUAAUCACUGUUGAGAUUAUCAUCAAAUUGAGCAUAAGGGAGGAUUAUAUCCAGGUUUGACAUUAUGUGGGGUUAUUUUCAUACAGACUGGUAAUGAAGUAUAUGGUAUUGUUGAAUAGCAGUUUCAUUCCACUUUAAACCUAUCAAACUAUUAUAGAAUAAUUAGUUGCAAUAGUGGUUUCAUACAUUCCAGUUGAAAACUACAGUUGCCUUAGCGCUAUCGGAUGCGAGUUUUUUCGAAGCCUUGAGGCGCGACGUUUUAAUAAAGGGCGGCAGUCUAUGCCGAGUUCUCUGUUGAAGGACAGUCGCCCUUACACCGCGUCCCUGGGCAUCGUAGUGUCGAAUCCAUAUUAGUGUUUCGGAAAAGAGAACUACAUCAAACCAAGAAUCUGACCAUUUAUCGAGUAACUAUUAUCUAAAAUUUAUAAAUAGAUCAAAACAAAAUCGCUAUAGGUUUAAAGGAUCCCCAGACCCACGCGAUGUAUUCUCGCGAAAUUUGCUGCAAAUAUUUGAGGGAUUUUUCAAAUCAAAGCGAAAAGAUCGCAGUGGAUGACAGUAAACGGUGUGAGAGUGUCGCUUUUAAACCAAAUUAAAAUAUGAACUCUUCAGAUUAAGAAGACGUAAUUCCAUUUCUCGCUUUGGGGGAGGACAUACGAAGUAGGUAUGUAUUUCUACGAAAUAUAUACGUCUUAGAUAAUCUAGAUCCAUUAUAAGCCUUUACUAACUUCGAAAAUGAUUCAAGACGUGCAAUGAAUCUGGCAUUUUAUACACGAGAAAGAAUUGUUGAGUACUUCAACUCAUACUAUUUUUGGUCAAGAUCAGCUUAGCUAUGCCAAUCAUAAAUAAUAUAACAUAUUAUAAUACACCUAUAUCAUCGCAAAUUUUGUCUUUGUUACGAACAUUUUUAUAGACCUCGUUACUUAAGUGGUAAAGAAUUGGAAAUUGUUUAAUUAUUUCGAGAAGUUUUUCAGUAUUUGCCAUUGCGACACCGAAUAAAAACCUUACAAGCAGCGAAUUAAAAUUUAGACGCUGUACUGUCGCACAUCUCAUCGCGAAACUGACGCACUGGUCUGUUCUUGUUUAUUUACUUCUACGAGAGUAGUCUCUGAGCGACAUUAUCAUCGCGAAUUAAUCGCAGUCGCCGCGAAAUAUUCGCAUCGGUCUGGGGGAUCCUUAAUAAUAGUGCAGUACUGUGUAGUGGGAUAUGAUACCAGAUCUUAGUAAUAUUGGUGCCAUUAAAUGUAAUUCGCAAAGUUUCGAGAAACUGGUGGAACCAAUCUUUUUGGGACAGGGUAAGUUCAUUGUUUCUAAAACACUUGAGUAGAAUGGAGUUCCAUGAUUUCAGAACUAUCGAUAGUACUGUACUUGCUUGAGUGGAGUGGAUAUUUCAACUUUUUAUAAAGUGAAGGAAAGCACAAGUUCUUUGUGAACAUGCUUUUUGCCUGCAAACGUCUCUAUACGGGAUUUGGUAUUUCAAAAAUAUCCGUGAAUAAUGAACUGGUUUGUCUUUGAAAGUGCGAACAUGGAUUGGACAAUACGGUACAUUGAAUGAAUGGUAUGUUUAUAGUAUUAUUUAGGCUUUUAAAAAAAACAAAUAUAGGUUAGCUAGACAUAAACUGUGUUGUUAUAACGUAUUAAGUGUCAAUCAGUCGUGCUCAAUACACAACAUGACUACUUCUAUUUAUCACGAUUGUAAACGUUCAUUUUUUUGUUUUUGUAUAUACUUUUUGUCAUUGCAGGAAGUGAAGUUUUUUCCAUUUACAUAGCGCUUAGGUUGAAGGAAGGACAAUACAUAGCUUUUUAUUUGACUGUGGAUAAAAGCCAACUGUCAUCCAUAUUUAUCUGGAAAAUAGAAUCAUUUACGGCCAGUAAAUAUUUAUGGUCGUUAUUUUUUGCAUUGGAAUUAUUUUAUGACAGAUACUAUCACACGUCAGGUCAGGAUCAUGUUUUUGUGAUAUAUUUUGCAUGCCAAAAGAACGGAGUUUUAACAAAUUGCAGAAAACGUAUUGUAUUGUUCUCUCGUCAAACAGUGUGUAACAUUACACAAUAAAGUUCUGCUUCAGUAGAGCGUUCUAUCAUGAAUUUAAAUGUAGAGCCCUGGUCAAAGAUCAGAGGACCACAGUAUUGUUAUCUGAUUGUAAAUAUUUCUUAAGUGAAUCACUUAAUUAUUUUUUGCUUGUGUUCUUUUCACAUUCAUGUUUUAGUAUAUAAUAAAGCUGUAUAAAUUUGGGUUUUAAUAAAAUGGAUGAUAGUGUUA